AGUCGACCUGCAGGCAAAACAAAGAAAACUGCGUAGAAAAAUUCGAUCCGCUGAAAAAAUCAAAUUUUCUGGAAAAAUUUGUGUCUCCUCAGUGAAAAUAGUAUCAAACGAUAGCAGUUGUGAUCCGUUAAAAUGCUUGACUUGGAAGUGGUUCCGGAGCGGUCGCUCGGAUGCGAUAAUUGGGAGUUUAUUCUGGGAAUGCAUUUCUCGCAAGCUGUAGCGAUAAUUCAAUCGCAAGUUGGCAUCAUCAAAGGCGUUCAAGUACUAUACUCCGAUACGACCCCUCUGAACGUAGACAUCAUCAUCAAUCUACCCCAGGAUGGGAUUCGUUUGAUUUUUGACCCGGUUCAGCAGCGUCUAAAGGCGAUCGAAGUAUUUAACAUGAAGUUAGUCAAACUAAAGUACUACGGUCUCCCGUUCAACUCGCCUGAGGUUGUCCCGUCGAUCGAAGAGAUCGAACACUCAUUCGGAGCGACUCAUCCGGGAGUGUAUGAUGCGGCGAAGCAACUCUUUGCGCUACACUUCCGGGGGUUGAGUUUUUAUUUUCCGGUCGACAGUAAGUUGCAGCCGGGAUAUGCCCACGGAUUAGGAUCGUUACAUUUCCCCAGUGGCGCAUCGCCAAUCGUAUCGAAGAUGGCUCUCUACUGUGGUGGAAGUAUAACAGACAGCCGACCUCCGCCGUUACCCUUGUCCUGUUAUAACCAACAGCUCUAUUUGGAAUCGGCAACAGUGCUGCGCAAUGCGAUGGGAACCCGUGGGCUGCGACUUCAGUUGUAUACUGAGGGAUCUCCACGUGCACUGGAGGCGAAAAAGCAGUGCUUGACACGAGAGGUCAUAUUUGGGGACAGUUGUCAGGAUGUGGCAAGCAAUCUUGGAGCUCCGUCAAGAGUGUUCUUCAAAAGUGAAGACAAAAUGAAGAUUCACUCACCGAGUGCACACCGCCGGGUUCAAUCCAAACGGAGCGAUUUCUUUUUCAACUACUUCACACUGGGAAUCGACGUACUGUUCGAUGCUCGAACCCAGCGAGCCAAAAAAAUUAUUUUGCACACAAACUAUCCGGGACAUUACAAUUUCAAUAUGUACCACCGAUGUGAGUUCAAUCUUCAGUUGGCGCCAGACAAGGUUACUGAGGAUACUCCACUGGAUUCACCGGUCAGCGUUAGUGCAUACUCCAAGUGGGACACCAUCUCGUCUCGUUUGGCACCGGCCGAACGUCCCGUUGUGCUGCAUCGGGCCGGUUCGACCAACACGGCCAACGUGUUUGGGUCGACUUUCUGCUACGGCUAUCAGGAUAUCAUAUUUGAGGUUAUGCCCAACAAUUAUAUAGCAUCGGUGACGCUAUACCACCCGGCGCCCCACUCAAGCGAUUAUGCGUAUGGUGGUGGCAGCAAUGCUAGUAGCGUGAGCAACAGCACCCGCAAUCUGCUGCAGGACGGCAAUAAAGGUAACAUCCGUGUCAGCGCAUGACCGGCUAUCAGCUUCAAUCAACUGAUCCUGGAUGGCCGUUAUCUAAGCUGUGUUAAUUAGCUCGUCGACAGCUAAUCUUUCGUGUUUGGACAAACCAUUGUGCAUGCAAGCCAGCGUUUACAUUUUAUGGACAAGCAGUCAAGUAGUCGUAGAUGGCAUCAGAUUUUAGUGAGUGAUAAGUUUUCUCAAGCUUAGCGGUUAAGUUUUAGUUUGUAUUUUUUUUGUCUGAUUCAAGACUCGUCAGAUAGUGGAUUUAUGUCCCAAACAAAGAUAUGAUUUCUAGCUGGAUAUGCAUAUUAAAAUAAUCGACAAGGUAAAAUAUUUAAAUGAACAAAAAAAAAAAUAAUUAAAAGUAUUGAAAUUACUGUCGGUGAUUUGCAGUAGAAAAUGAUUCAACGUAACAGUUGUCUACGAAAAAACUAUAAAUGUGAUGAAAAAUUCUUUUACAUAUUAUAAAAGAAAGCAAAAAUAUUCAUUAAAUAAAAAUUUAAAGUUAGGGUAAACGUUAUUACUCUAU